UUUUCGCACAUGCGCAGUACCAAUCGUUUUUCCGGUACGGAUCGAGUAGUGACAAGGGAACGCGCCGAAUAAACAAUCGUAGAGGGAGGUGCUUUGGAGCUGAUGGGGGACGCAAAGGAAACCUGGAAAGUGAAAACGUUAGACGAGAUCCUACAAGAGAAGAAACGCCGACGAGAGCUGGAAGAGAAGAGUGACCCUAAACGACUAAAUAACACGGAUGAUCGGGAAUCCAAACGGGACACUCCGGAGGAAGGAGAACUACAGGACCACAGGAUGGAAAUAACCAUACGUAAUUCAACCUAUACGCGGGAAGACUCGACUGAAGACAGAGGAGAGGAGGAUGAAUCUCUGGCAAUCAAACCUCCACAGCAGAUGGCCAGAAAAGACAAAUCCUACCACAGAAAAGAGGAGAAGAGAAAAGAUAAGAGGCGGCACAGGAGCCAUUCUACAGAAGGAGAACUUGUCUUCACAGGGGGGAAACAUGUACGUCCAAAAGAGAAAGAGACCGAUCGGGAAAACGACAGACGGAAGAGACAGUGGCAGGAUGAUGGCAAAAAUCGCAGAGAUUACGAGAGACAGAAACGGAGAGAUCAGGCCAGAGCACACUCCCGCAGAGAGAGAGAUCGUCUGGAGCAGCUGGAGCGUCAGCGUGAAAGAGAGCGCAAGCUCCGUGAACAGCAGCAGAAAGAGCAGCGGGAGCUGAAAGAGAGAGAGAGGAGAGCAGAGGAGCGUCGCAAGGAGAGAGACGCCCGCAGAGAUGGGCCCGUGUCUCAUCAUAGAGGAGUUGCCGGUGAUGAAUAUGCAGAUAAGGGCCGGUCUCGCCACCGCAGUCGCAGUCGCAGCCCUGUUCGCCAGCCGAGAGAGCCCAAAGCAGAGAGCAGUGAACUAUGCCAGAGACCAGUGCGAGAGGAGAAGACCGAUGAUAAAGAUCUGCUGUCUGAUCUACAGGACGUUAGUGACAGUGAGAGGAAGACCAGCACACCAGAGUCAUCACUGGGCUCUGGUUCGGGCUCUGAGGAUGAUGGUCAGGAGAAUGAUGAAGAGGAGUCCAGCAGUCAGAGUGAAGGAGAUGAAGAUGGUGAAACGGCAUCAGACACUGAGGCCUCCAUACAGAGCGGAGGUGACUUAAGUGAUGAUCAGUCAGAUGAGGAUGAAGAGGACCGAGAGAAUGGAAAUCACAUCCCUCCACUUCCAGAGUCACGCUUUGAUCAUGACUCAGAGGUGAGUGCCGAGGAAGAGGAGACAGAGGAAGGUGAUGAUGCAGUAGAUGUUACGCCACAGUCUCACACUCACUCAGUCACUCCAGAUGACAACUACAUCCCCGAAUCACCUCCCAUCUCACCUGUAGAGCUGAAGAAGGAGCUGCCCAAAUACCUGCCUGCUUUACAGGGUUGCCGGAGUGUGGAGGAGUUCCAGUGUUUGAACCGCAUUGAAGAGGGCACUUAUGGAGUCGUCUACAGAGCCAAAGACAAGAAGACUGAUGAAAUUGUGGCCCUGAAGAGACUGAAGAUGGAGAAGGAGAAGGAAGGCUUCCCCAUCACCUCCCUUCGAGAGAUCAACACCAUCCUGAAAGCCCAGCAUCCAAACAUAGUCACCGUCAGGGAGAUUGUUGUUGGCAGUAAUAUGGAUAAAAUCUACAUUGUGAUGAAUUAUGUGGAGCAUGAUCUGAAGAGUCUGAUGGAGACCAUGAAACAGCCCUUCCUGCCUGGUGAGGUGAAGACGUUGAUGAUUCAGCUUUUGAGGGGUGUCCGUCAUCUCCAUGACAACUGGAUCCUUCAUCGUGACCUCAAGACCUCCAACCUUCUGUUGAGUCACAAAGGCAUUUUAAAGAUUGGAGAUUUUGGCUUGGCCAGAGAGUAUGGAUCUCCGCUCAAGCCCUACACACCUGUAGUGGUCACACUCUGGUACCGCUCACCUGACCUGCUGCUGGGGGCAAAGGAAUACUCUACAGCUGUGGACAUGUGGUCGGUGGGUUGUAUUUUUGGAGAACUCCUCACCCAGAAACCUUUAUUCCCUGGCAAAUCUGAGAUCGACCAAAUUAACAAAAUAUUCAAGGACUUGGGCUCUCCCAGUGAGAAGAUCUGGCCAGGUUACAAUGAGCUUCCUGCAAUUAAGAAGAUGACCUUUACUGAAUACCCCUAUAACAACUUGCGCAAGCGCUUUGGAGCACUUCUUUCCGACCAGGGCUUUGACCUCAUGAACAAAUUUCUGACAUACUGUCCUGCCAAGCGGAUUAGCGCUGAUGAAGCUCUCAAACACGAAUAUUUCCGUGAGACCCCGCUCCCCAUUGAGCCCUCCAUGUUUCCCACCUGGCCAGCCAAAAGCGAGCAGCAGCGGGUGAAGAGAGGAACCAGUCCGAGGCCGCCGGAGGGAGGCCUGGGCUUUAGUCAACUGGGUGAUGAUGAUCUUAAGGAUACUGGUUUCCAUCUGACCACUGCUAACCAGGGCGCCUCCAAAGCUGGUCCAGGAUUCAGCUUGAAGUUCUGACCUCGAGCGUCCGUCCCAGAGCUAAAAGCUUUCUGUCAUAAUGUGACAUGAUGGUCAGACUGUUUGAGAAUGACUCUCUGCGAGUCCACUGAACUUGACAGGGACUGAGAGACUCUGCAGAGCUGUUUUAACACCGAGGAAGUUCGAGUUCAAGUUCCUCAUGGUCAUUUGAAAUAUGACAGCACUGUUGUUUGGUUGUUUUUAUUUCUUCCUCCUUUAGUCUAGUUUUAAAACCAGCGGCAGGAAAGAGAUCAUUUUUCAGACUUUUAUUCUGACUUGUUCUGUGUCUGUAAUUGUUGUUGUCUUAUAAUGUAAUGUCAAAAACCAUUAUCAUAUGUGUGACAUCAUAAGAGUAUGAAAUAAAGCCAUUUGA